AUGUUGGCUAAAGAAGCCUUUGAUGGAUUGCGAGUAUUACAUUUUAAGAAUUUUGCGUAUGAAUUACGAGCAAAUGACAUUGAGUAUCUUCUCAAGCGUCUCGGUGCAACUAACUCCCAGAUUUACCUCUCGUGCAACCCGGCGACAAAUCAUCGGGCUCUUGCUGAAUUUAGGAGCACUGAUGAUUGCUGGCGACUAAUAAAAUCUUUACACCAACGUGAGGUAUGUGGAUGUCGUCUGAUCAUUGAGUUUGGACGCUUUAAUCAUUGCGAAUCCGGUGCUGCAAAGCCAAGGGAUGUGGGAGAAGUGUCACUUAAAGAACCUUCCUUGCCAGAAUGGGUUGACAAUGUCACUUCAUUGUCAGCGAAGUGGUUGCCAGGCCGUACCUUAACCGAUGCCUUUUAUUCUUAUCCUAAGGCCACACCAACCAUUCUUACUAACAUCGUUCGAUGCCUGGCUUCGGUGUCCGCAUUUUACGUUCAAACCCUCCAUUUGAUGAAUCGAUUAAAUUUGCCGACACCAUUUUGCAACACGAGUGAGUUUCCUGGCUGUCUCUUUGUCCUCACCGAGGAGGACCUCCUUCAUCAUGUCCCCCCACCGUCAACCUCCCAAUCGAAUGGUGUCCCAGAAGAGAUGGACAUCUCUAGCGGUCCCGAGAGCGAGAUUAGUAGUGGCUCCGAUGUUGACGCUGGCAUUGGUACUCAAGGAAAACUGGUCCCAUCCACAUUUCUGCCUCGUAGAACUCCAUCGAAAUUGAAGGCUGGACUGCUAAAGCGGCAGGAAAGGCGAUUGGACCUUCAUGGGAAGGCGUUGAGGCCAUCCUCCUGUGUGGCAGUUGGUGGUGAUGAUAGUUAUGAUGAAGGGGAGAAAACUAUUCAGUCAUCAUCAUCGUUGUCCACUCACUCUGUCGAGCCCGUGUUUGAAGAGUGUAUUUUGCGCCCUACUCCGCAUAUAGAAAUGCGACUUACCGAUGCUCUCAAGGACGCAACGAACAGGGCCGUUGGAAACGAAGCAGCUGAGGGGUUUGGCGUUUUCUCAGCUUCAGAAUCUGUCACUGCUGAAUCUUAUUCACAAAGAGAAAAAGAAAAAGAGGAUGCGGUCGGUAAGGAGGAGGAGGAGGAUGAAGACGAGUACUUUGCCAAACCAUCUCCAUUGUCACCUAGAGAGCUCUAUGCAGGGAAGAUGUCACAUGCGGAGUUGGCGAGUAAUCCCGUUUUCAGCAAGUCCAGCGGUCCUGGGGCCCCCUCUUCACGUCUUUACGUCAAGAACCUUCACAAGCGAACGAGUGAGGAGGAUCUCUGGCGUGUAUUUGGCUUCUUCCGUCAAGAUGUUCGUCGUAAAGAGGCUCCUAGUCAGUUUUCCAUUCAACUCCUAACCGGUGGGCGGAUGAGAGGUCAGGCCUUCAUCGGUUUCGAUUCCAUUGAAUUGGCUACAGAGGCGUUGAGUGCUACCCACGGCUUCUUGCUCAAAGGGAGGCCCAUGCACGUUCAAUUCGCACGUGGUGUCAUCGCCAAACCCGAUCCCAACAGUCUAAUCACAAGAAACGAGUAA